AUGGAUUCAAACGAUGUCGGAGCUGUCACAGAGCCGACCGCGCCCGUAGUGCUGUUCAAAAAACGAGGUCCCAAAGGCAAGACGAACAUCAGAAAGCGGCCGGCGACACCACCUCCUGCCAACAGCGACAGCGACAGCGACUACACGUCGUCCGAAGACGAAUCCGGGCAGCGUGUGAAGAGGCGGAAGAAGAAUGCCGCAGUCACGGCCUCCUCCAAAGAUGUCUCCGCCGCCGACAAGGACGUGAACGCAACAGUCUUCAAGGCAAACCGCGAUUUGCCCAUUUCGAGUUCAAACGAUGCGACCAAGCAGAGCAACUGGUACGAUGAUGGCACAAGGGACGAGCUCUCUACGAAUAACUUGCUCGGGUCCUCAAAAUCAACAGCCAGACUUAGCCAGACUGACGGCGCAUACAAGGGCCUGGCGAACCAAACAUCCUUCAUCCAGAAGAAUCCCGAUGCGCCGAGGAAGACAGUCGGACCCAUCAAGGCGCCAACGAACAUCCGAACUAUUACUGUCACAGACUUCGCCCCUGAUGUAUGCAAAGACUAUAAAAAAACUGGUUUUUGCGGUUUUGGCGACAACUGUAAAUAUUUGCAUAGCCGUGAAGACUACAAGCAUGGAUGGCAACUUGAUAGAGAAUGGGAUACCGUGACCAAGGGCAAGAAGAGCCUGGCAGGCACUGUCGUUGCCAGCGCAAACCGCGACAGAUCCGAAGCCAAUGACGAUGACGAUGAAGAUGACGCGCUGCUACAGAACAUUCCCUUUGUCUGCAUCAUCUGUGAAGAAUCAUACAAGUCGCCCAUAAUCACGCGAUGUGGACAUUACUUUUGCGAGCCGUGUGCGUUGAAGCGGUUUCGGAAGGAUCCGACUUGCGCAGCGUGUGGCGCCGGGACAAAUGGAGUCUUCAACUCUGCAAAGCGCUUGAAUAAGUUGCUGGAUAAGAAGCGUGAGCGGGAAGCGCAGAGACGGCAAGCAGCUUUAGAGGCCGGCGAAGAAGUUAGCGAUCAAGAAGACGAGUGA